AUGGUGUGGGAGGGCACGUCGCCGCUGCUGCCGACGGCGCACCGCCGUACGCGCAACGCCAGCACCGGCAGCUUCCCGGAGACUCAUGCAGACACGCCAGACUCGCCACGUACGCGGUUCAAGGAGCGGGAGAAGGCUGCGGCCGCUCGUGCACUUCCACGUCAACGGGCACUGCGCCGCGUCCCGGCACUGUUAGGACUGCUGGCUGUAGGUUUCGUACUGGGCUACUAUGCCCAGUUGCUGCUGUUCUUCUGCCACGUGCGACUGGGCUACACGGCGGAGGUGCUCCCCACAACGGAGGUGACGCUGGUGGAGAAGCUCACGGCGUCACUCAUCGAGCACACACAACGCGUCGUGUUCGUGUGCAAAAAGACCAACUGGGACUUCAUAGGCUUCAUCGCUAGUCCACACACAAUCCUGUUCGCACACGACGGUGUGGCGGUGCCCUCUGCACUCGAGGAGAGUCUGCGAGUGGUGCGUCACUCGGGCGUGGACAGCUACAUGAACCUACACAACAAGACAGUGACCAUCAUGAGCCACGUACACGCCGCAGAUCCGCGCAAUCAUCUAAUGAAACAGGACGACGAGGCUAUCAUCUAUUGGCCACACUACUAUCUAUGUCUCAAGAAAUGCACCGACUUGGACUCGUGCUACGCCGGCGACAUGCACGUGAAUCUCGGCGAUGUGGCCAACACCAACUCGUACGUGUUCGCCACGGGAGGCUCGUACUUUGUAGGUAGUGCGCUAUUGAAGUGCAUGCUGGAGAAACCCAUUUUCGUCGAGCUGGACGGACUCGACUAUGGCGAGGACAAGACAGUGGGCAAGAUGAUCCACUACAACCGCUGCAAGGUGCAGUACGUGAGCUGCAAGUGGUUUAACAACGAAGAAGUGUACUCGCCCAACGCACAUAUCAAGAUGAAGAAGGGCGCGUCGGCCGAGAUACGAGAAGAUACGAUCUUAUUAGGCAGGGACGAACUUCCUCCGCAGAGGGAACACGGCGACAUGGUUAGUCUGGCGUCGGUUUCCAAGCCAUUGACCAUGGGCUGCGGCGCCUCCAUCAUGCAGCGCCCCGAUGGGGAAUCCACGAUCCUGGCCCAACUGGGCAACAGCAAUGGAACUGGUCCCAGUAAACCUGCUCGCUCGCCGCUUACGAAGGAGCAGAUCAACUCCCGCAUCGUUUGCUCGCCGAAAACAAUGAAAUCCAAAGUGACGUCCAAGCUGAGCGCACAGUACGCUUUCGUCUCGCAACGCGGAUACUAUCCAGACGCUCUCGACAAGCCGAACCAAGACAGCUGCACGAUCCUCCCAGCCUUCAUGGGCGACGCUGCGAAAAUGUACUUUGGUGUGUUCGACGGCCACGGCACGACUGGAGACUUGUGCGCUUCAUUUGUUCGCAAGGAGUGUCCCGAACGACUCGUUCGCAUUCUGGAUCGGAAGAACUGCUCCUCUUUGGAGGCUUAUUCCAAGUCCUUCGAGGAGACGAACGCGCGGCUGCAUGCGUCGCGUAUUGAUGACAGUUUGAGCGGCACCACAGCGAUCUGCAUGUUUCUAGACGGGGAAACAAUUCAUGUUGCCAAUGUUGGCGACUCCCGAGCAGUUAUUGCGACUAUGAGUGAAGGAAAACUAGUCGCACAGCCGCUUUCUGUCGACCAAACACCCUACCGAUCGGAUGAACGUGAGCGUGUAAAAAGAUCUGGAGCGCGCGUGCUCACCAUGGAUCAGCUUGAGGGAAUCGCCCCUGUGCAUGACAACUGGGCGGCCAACUUGAAUGACCAAGUGGAUGAAGACGGUGAUCCGCCGCGUAUUUGGUCGCCGUAUGGUGCUUUCCCUGGCACAGCGUUCACGCGAAGUCUCGGUGAUGAAAUCGCAGAGACACUGGGUGUUAUUGGAGUCCCUGAGAUCACGUCACUCCAAUUAACGGAGGACGACCGCUUCAUUGUUAUUGCCAGUGACGGGGUGUUCGAAUUCCUCACGAGCCAAGCUGUUGUGGAUAUGGUGGCUCAGUACGAAGACCCUUUGGAGGCGUGUCACAAGGUGGCCGCAGAGUCUUACCAUCUCUGGCUGACGUACGAGUUGCGGACAGAUGACAUUACCAUUAUUUGCGUGUACUUCCACUUCAGUGAGGGCGCUGCCACGACCAGUGGAGCUGCGCUUGGAACGACCCCGAGGACCAACUCGAUGGCCAGGAGGUUGCCUGGACAGACAAGUGAGAAGGAUGUCUCGCAGCAGCUUCGUCCCGUGCGUCGUGGAAUGUCCAAAGAGAAGCGUCGUGCUCAGAUGCGCAAGGAUAUGGCACAGCUCGUCAAGAGGGAGAUCUGGCGUACCGUGCUCACACAGGCUCAGAAGGACGACAUAUUUGCUGUCAUGGAGCGUAUCAGUGUUCGUGAAGGCGACAUGGUGAUUCGCCAGGGUGACCCAGGCGACAAAUUCUACAUCGUCGAGUGUGGAGAUUACCAGGUUAGUGUGCGUGGGGACGACGGGGGUCCAGAGAGUAUUGUACACACGUACACGCAGCCACCUGUGAACCCGGAUCACUGCGGAGACCUCCAACCAGCAUCAUUCGGUGAGCUAGCUCUGAUGCACAACAGUCCUCGGUCGUCCUCGGUCAAGGCGUUGUCGGCCGGCGUGCUCUGGGCCAUUGACUGUCGUGCGUUCCGACGCGUAUUUAUUAAGGCGCCGACAUCGGUGCUGGUUCAAACACUGAAGAAGGUGGACGUGCUUAAGACACUGACCAAAGCUCAGCUCGAGCGCUUGGCCAACAACCUGACGGAAGUCGUGUAUCAUGACGGCGACUACAUCAUCAACCAGGGAGACGUUGGUGAUACGUUCUACGUGAUCCAGGAGGGAGCUGUGAUCUGUACGAUCUGGGAAGACGAUGCGUCAGCAGGUCCUGGCAAGAAGAGAACGUCACGAGAGGUGCUGAGGCUCAAGAAGAACCAGUACUUUGGCGAACGCGCGCUGUUGAACGAUGCACCGAGAGCUGCUAACGUUAUCUCAGUGGGGCGUACGAAGCUGCUGCAAGUUGGCCGACGCGAGUUCGAGGAAGUGUUGGGGUCGUUACAGGAUAUGAUUGAAGCUGACCGGCUACAGCGUGAGGCUCGACACAACUUUGAGACUGCGGUUAAGAAUUUAAUCUACAGUCCAGCCGCGCAUGGGGCAAGACGCAACUCGAUGGUCAUGGUGCCGUUGCGACCUCAAGACAUGCGCUUCCGCUACGUUGUACAGCAGACGGACUUUGGCUUCCUGGCAGUCUAUCAGGGCGUGAGUGACACGAAGAGAUUCUUCACAGUCAACGUCUUCUCCUUCCAGCAGGUAGCAGCUGAUCGCCGUGGCGACGAAGCUGCGCGCUACGUGAUGACGCACAAGACCAUCCGUCUGGACACCCCCAUGUUACCGGAGAUGGUGGCGUUCUGGCGAGAUGAUCGUGCCUUGUAUCUGUCGUUCGACACGGCCAUGGUCACGGACUUGGGAACGAUGCUGGCAGACGAACCAACCGGUCGGUUCGAGAACGAAUCGACAGUACGCGGCUUUGCAGCACAGGCUCUGCUGAUGCUCGAGUACAUCCAUCAAGCUGGCUACGCGUACCGAAACCUCAGCAGCGAUAAUGUCCUGGUCGACACACGUGGGUAUCUGCAACUCCACGACUUCCGGCACAUGAAGCGCUUACCUGAUGAGACGCGAACGUACACAAUCUGUGGUACUCCUGAAUACAUGGCGCCGGAGAUGGUCUCAGCGCGUGGUCACACGGCUAGUGCAGACAUUUGGUCGCUUGGAAUCCUCGUCUACGAGAUGCUAUGCGGUCGUACGCCCUUUUCCAUCCGAACGAACGGAGAAGACCCCAAUACAGCAGAUACAAGCUUCGGAUCCGAAGCCAGCCCGACGACGCGUCUUACCAAUGAAAAGGACGUGACGAUGGCGGUGUACUCGAAGAUCUCGCGCCACAACAAAGGAGCACUCAAGAUCACACGCGACGACUUGUCACGAGAAGCCUGCGACCUUGUUCAGCAGCUUCUCGACCCGUUCCCGGAUGAUCGUUUAGGAGGCCAAGGUCUUGUCGACAUUGUUAAAGGAGGUUCCGCUAUCCGUGCUCACCCGUGGUUCCGAGACAUCGACUGGGUCGUAUUGGCGUCUAAGACUGCGGAUCAAGAGCAUGCCGACGCGCUAACGAAGCUCAUGGAGGAACAGCUCACAUCUGCCGCUAGUACAGAAAUGCCAAUGCUAGAGCCCGUCUCGCCUCAUAGCGGAGACCUCGACUGGCUCGAGAACUUUUAA